CAUAACACGUUCCAGUAGAGCUCUCUUUUUUUCUCCUUGGACUAUAUGAGACCACAUCAGGCCGAUUUUCACACAGCAAAACUUCAACAUGAUUUUUCAAGCGCUUUUCCAAUGCUUGGAUAUUAGUGGCUGGCUGUUGUUUGGUUUUGUUGUGCUGCUGCUGACAGAUGUGGUCCGAAACCGGAGACCUCCUAGUUUCCCGCCCGGACCCUGGGCUCUGCCUUUUCUCGGGAAUGUCUUCACCCGAGCCGACGACAAAUCAAUGGAGAAUCUCGCAAAGAAGUACGGUCCAGUGUUCAGUCUGAGGACCGGCGGCCAGAGGAUGGUGUUUAUUUGGGGUUACAAGACGGUCAAAGAAGCUCUCGUCAUCCAGCUGGACAGCUUUGUUGAUCGUCCCAUUGUCCGACUCUUCCACGAGUACUUUAAAGGCGGCAUCGUAAUGAGCAAUGGCUACCACUGGAAGAAGCAAAGGAAAUUUGCCAACACUCACCUGCGUUACUUUGGAGAAGGUCACAAGUCACUGGAAAAAUACAUUGAAGUCGAAUGUAACUUUAUUUGUGAAGCUUUCAAAGAGGAGCAAGGAAAGCCGUUCAACCCUCAGUACACCAUAAUAAAUUCAGUGAGUAACAUCAUCUCAUCUGUGGUCUUUGGACGCCGCUUUGAGUACAGUGACGGGACCUUUCGCAAGUUCCUACAGUUGGACACUGAGGCCAUCGCGCUUGCCACCUCAGAGGUUAUACAGCUUUACGAUGCCUUCCCCCGUCUGCUCAAGUACCUGCCCGGUCCCCACCAGAAGGUCCACGCCAACUACAGGGAGAUCAUGGUCUUCCUGGGGAAGGAAGUGGAGAAGCACCAGGAAGAGUGGAACCAAGAAGAACCCCGGGAUUAUAUUGAUGUGUACCUUGGCGAGAUAGAGAAGGGGAAGGAAGACCCCCAGGCCAGCUUCAACAUUGAAACCCUGCUGGUUUGCCUCCUUGACCUGGUGGAGGCCGGCACAGAAACCGCCGCCACAACCUUGCGCUGGGCUCUAGUCUACAUGCUGCACUACCCAGAGAUACAGAACAAAGUCCAGGCAGAGAUCGACAGGGUGAUUGGACAGGCUCGCCAACCCACGAUGGCCGACAGACCCAACCUGCCCUACACGGAAGCCGUCAUCCACGAAACUCAAAGGAUUGGGAAUAUUCUUCCCUUUGGAUUCCCCAAGAUGGCCAGUCACGAUGCUACACUGGGAGGAUAUGUCAUCCCAAAGGGCACACCCAUCACCACCAUCCUCACAUCCGUGCUUCAUGACAAGAAUGAGUGGGAGACCCCAGAUGUCUUCAACCCUCAGCAUUUCUUGGAUUCAGAUGGCCAUUUCCGCAGAAGAGAUGCAUUUCUACCAUUCUCAGCAGGUAAGCGUGCGUGUUUGGGGGAGCAGCUGGCCAGAAUGGAGCUCUUUCUUUUCUUCACGACUCUGCUACAACGCUUCACCUUCACUGCCAUUCCGGGGGAGAUGCCAAACCUGCAGGGCGUGAUGGGCUUCACACGUUCCCCUGAAGAGUUCAGGUUGCUUGCGGUGCCUCGCUGAUGUCCUUCAUCCGCUUCCAUCUCAUCUCCCAACCACAGCAGUUAUACAGCUCACUUUUAAGGCAGCAUAGCAUGCACUGUCUUCUAGUGCCUAUGCGAAAAGUCUGCAUGGUCCAAUGAAAGAUCUUACGCUAUUCUUCCUUUGGUUUCUUGCAAUGAAACUCUUUUGAAUUUACAAGUCUGUCAGGUUGUUGAUUCAUUCUCAAUGUAUUGGCAAGACACACAUCUCAUGAUACUUAGUGUACACAAUACUACGCUAUCCUAUAAGACAGAGGUGUUUAAAGUUUUUUCAAUGGUACAUAUAAUUUAACAAGAAAACUAAAUAAAAACAACAGCAAAAUGGAAAAAUCUGCAGUCAUUUUACAAGAAUAAAGUCAAUCAUUUGAAUGAAUUCAAACUAGUCACAAAAACUGCAUCUCAGCUUUGUGAUGUAGGUGAAAAAGUCUAUUGUUACUAUCAAUUUACAAGUCCAGGGUGUAUGCCGCCUCUCGCUCAAACACAGCUGGGAUAGACUCCAGCAUACCCGUGACCCUAGUGAGUACAGGUGGUACAGAAAAUGGAUGGAUGGAUAGUAUCAACUUUGUUCGUUGCUCUUUUUUUCCUCAAUUAUGGUGUUUUGCUGAACUUUCUUCUUAAAUAAUCUUCAAAAAUGUUCUUCUCAUAAUAUUAUGACUUUAUUCCCAUUAUAUUAUAACCUUUUCCCCAACCUAAUUUUUCAAAAAUGACAACUUUAUUUUUUUUUGUUUUUUGUUUUUAAUAUAAUGACUGUAUGCCUGUAAAAUUGCUACUUUUUUCUCGUUAGAAUACUAUUUUUUUCAUAAUAUUUGGACUUUAUUCUCAUCAAAUUACAUAUUUCUUACAUUACAUUUUAAUGUUCCAUCUAUUUCAACUUUCUUUCAGUAAAUUUUCUUCUCAUAAUUAUGACGUUAUUCCCAUAAUAUUUUGACUUUAUUCUUGUAACAUAACUUUUUACACAACCUAAUCUCCCAAGAAUAACAACUUUAGUCAUUGCUGUUUUUGUUUUUCAUAACAUUCCAACUUUAAAAAACAUCUUCCUUUAAUAUUUCAACCUUAUGCUAGGAAAAUGACAUUAUUUUCUUCAUAAUAUUGUUAUUCUCGUAAAAUUACGACUUUACUAACACUAAUUAUUACUGUAUUUACUUGGUAUCGGCUUGAUGGUUGAUACCAACAUUUUCAGUAUCGCCCACCCAUAUCUUUGGCGCAAUAAGACAGAAGACUGUAAGUUUGUACUAUGGCGGGCUAGCGCUCUCCAGUGUUCAUUGCAUGAAUCAAAGCGAGUCAUUGCAGUAAUGCAGGUCAGAGGCGGCGGCGGUGGUGGGUGGGGGGCGCUACAACCUGCACUUGUCUGUGUUCCAUUGACUACCAGAAAACCACAUGUAUACAAG